AUGGCUGAAGUCCUUGUUAGUGCUGUAGUGACUGUGCUGGUUGAGAAGCUACUCGCGGGUGAGUUGAUGGAUUUUGCUCGAUCUCAAGGAAUCGAUUCUCAGCUGAAAAAGUUGAAGACAACUUUGCCUAUGAUUCAAGCAUUGCUGGCUGAUGCAGCCCAGAAGCAGAUAACUCAAAAACCAGUUGAACUGUGGCUCGUUGAGCUCCAGGAUUUGGCUUACGACAUUGAAGAUGUACUUGAUGAUAUGGCCUCUCAAGUUAUGAAUCGAAUGACUUGUUGUACUAGUAGCUACACUCCUCAUAAGAUCAUGUAUGCUCGUAAGAUGCGCUUAAAGCUAGAUAGGAUUACCACUAGAUUGACGGAUCUUUAUAAGCAGAGAAAGGGUCUGGGUUUAAAGGUGCAUAAUGGUGAAACAUCACCUAGAACAAAUAAAGCAGCAGUAGAGGAAACUACUUCACUACUGCCCGAUGGGUUUGAAAUAUUGGGUCGGGAAGGGGACAAAGAGGCAUUGCUUCGGGAGUUGCUGGGGGAUGAAGGAGGAGCAUCCAGUAAUCAAAAUGUGAGCAUUGUGUCAAUAGUUGGUAUGGGUGGUGUCGGAAAAACAACUCUUGCAAGACUUUUGUACAACGACCACAAGGUGAAGGAUCACUUUCAACUCAGGGCCUGGAUUUGUGUUUAUGAUGAUUUCGAUGUAUUCAGUAUUAGCAAGAAAAUUUAUCAAGCUGUUGCUGGGUACAACGAAGAUUUUGCCACUCUAGAUCUGCUUCAUGUGGCUCUCAAAGAAAAACUAUCAAAAGAAUUGUUCCUACUCGUUCUGGAUGACGUCUGGAACGAAGACCACAAUAAGUGGGAAGACCUCAAAAAGCCACUUGUAGGGGCACCCGGAAGUAAAGUUAUUGUCACAACCCGGAACACCAUGGUUGCAUCCGUGAUGAACUCGGUUCAACCUCAUGAUCUGGGGGUUUUGUCCAAUGAUGUAGCCUUGUCUUUGUUUGCUCAAUAUGCACUAGAAGAAAAAAACUUUGACAAACAUCCAUCACUUUCUACGAUUGCUCGAGGUAUUGUUAAGAAGUGUGGUGGUUUGCCUUUGGCUUUGGUAACAAUCGGAAGGGUCUUGAAGACCAAGGGAAUUGAUGUUGUUGAAUGGGAGGCGUUGCUGAACAGUGAGGUAUGGAGUUCAGAGGACGGAAGCGAUAUUCUUCCCGCACUCAAGCUGAGCUACUAUCAUCUCCCUUCACAUCUAAAGCAACUGUUUGCGUAUUGCUCCUUGUAUCCAAAGGACCACGUGUUUGAUAAGAACAAACUUGUCCUAAAGUGGAUGGCACAAGGGUUUCUAUCCCAAACAAGGGGUGGCAAAUCAAUGGAGAAUUUGGGUCAUGGGUAUUUUGAAGAGCUACGGUUAAGGUGUUUUUUCCAGCCUUUAACGAAUGACAAAUCACAAUACACUAUGCAUGGCUUGAUGAAUGACUUGGCCAUAAGUGUUGCAGGAAAGUUUUUCUUUAUGUUGGAUGAUAAGGUUGAUACAAAUGGUCGGAACAAAGAUUUUGAGAGGUUUCGUCACUUUUCAUUCACUGGUCCACUACGUCCUGAAUAUAGAAAGUUUAAGGAACUAUAUAGAGCUAGAUGUCUAAGAACAUUUUUACCUGUUGGUGUUCGUAGAUUGGAUCACGUCCUUGUCAAAUUACUUACUCAAUUACAGUUUCUAAGGGUGUUGAGCUUAACUGGUUAUUCAAUAACAAAAGUACCACAAUCCAUUGGUAAUCUCAAGCAUUUACGAUACCUUAACUUUUCCAAAACUAGCAUCAAAAACUUGCCAAAACAAAUCGGUGAACUUUAUAAUCUUCAAAGUUUGUUGGUUCGUGAUUGUGGUGAAUUAUCUAGCUUGCCAAUAAGUUUAGUAAAGCUGAAAAACCUACGACAUCUUGACAUGGCUGGUACUCCAUUGAUAAAGAAGACCCCCUCAGUGAUCGGUGGCUUGACUAGUCUCCAAGCGUUGUCAAUCGUUUGUAUUGAAAGAUAUGACGGGUUUAAAAUAUCAGAUCUUAAGGGCCUCUCAGAUUUGCAAGGUGCACUUUCCAUCACUGGGUUACACAAUGUGAUACAUCCAACCGAAGCAAGCGAUGCAAACUUACAACAAAAAAAAGGUCUUGAUGAUUUGCAUAUGGAAUGGAGUGAUGUCUUAUAUGCUUUCCGGGAUCCUACUAUGGAAUAUGACGUACUUGAAAAGCUGAGGCCUUCCUCCAAGUUGAAUACUCUGAGCAUUUCUUUCUAUGGGGGAAUGAAAUUUCCCAGUUGGCUUGGAAAUAGAACAUCAUUUGAUCAAUUAUCAGAACUUACGUUAAGAGGCUGUGAAAAAUGCACAGAUAUAACGCUUGGCCAUCUAAGUUCACUUCGAAAGUUGUGCUUGAGUAGCAUGAGAGCGGUAAAGACUGUGGAGUUACUAGCACCUACAAAACCUUUUCAUGGUAAUGCAUUUCCGUCACUUGAAUCUUUGGAAGCUAAUGAUAUGCCAAGUCUAGAGAUAUGGUCGACCAACGGUGGUGACGAUGUCAAGACUCUAUCGUUUCCUAGUCUUCGUGCAAUUUCAAUAACAGGUUGUCCUAAACUUGGUAAGGUAUCAUUUGGAUUGAUACCAUCACUUAGGGAUUUAACUCUAGAAGGAUGUUCUGAAGCGGUGUUUAGAUACUUGUUUAGAUACUUGGUUGGUGUGUCUUCAUCAAUCCAUAGAUUGAAGUUGGGUACAAUUAAAGGGCUGACUCAGCUAGACAGAGAAGUCUUAAAACAUCUUGGGGCACUUAAAGAUCUAACCAUAUGGCAUUGUCAAGAAUUGAGAUACAUGUGGGAAUCAAAAUUGGAAGCAUGUCGGUUUCUUGGAAGUUUACAAAAGUUGGAAGUAGGUUGGUGUGAAAAGUUGGUGUCAUUUGAGAAAGAAAAAGAGAUGGUUAAUAUGGGGAGUAGCAUAAUUAUGGGAUCGCUUAGAGAAGUGACACUUGAUAAUUGUCAUUCAUUGGAGAGUUACUGUUGUUCAACUAGUGUUGAGAGGUUGGAGAUAACGUAUUGUGGUUCAAUGAUGUCAUUAAGCUUCUCUAAAUUUCAAGAGGAAGACCUCCCAUCAUCAUCAUCAUCAUCCCCAUCCUCCAAGUUGAAGAUUCUUAAAGUCAGUGGUUGCAGGAAUAUAAAGUCAAUAUGUCAAGAGCAUUUGCAAAGUCUCGGAUCUUUGGAAGAGAUGAGAAUAUGGAAAUGUCCAAGGAUGGAGGAUUCAUUUCCAUCACGUGGGAUGUUGUGGCCUCGUAAUUUAAGGAAACUGUCAAUAGGAGAAUUAAAGAAGCCAAUGUCAGAGUGGGGGCUUCAAAAUUACCCUCCCUCACUUGUUAAACUAGACUUACAAGGAAAGAAUUCAGGAGUGGUUUCAUUUGGAAUAAUGGAAGAAGAACAACAUCACCAUAAUAAUACGACUAGUUCAGGAUGUUUUCUUCUCCCCCCAUCUCUAACUCAUCUAUGGAUCUUUAGUUUUGAGGAAGUGGAAUCAGUUUCAGAGGUCUUACAACACCUCCCUCACCUUCAGGAACUUGAUAUUCUUGAUUGCCCAAAACUUAGAGAUGUGCAAGAGACAACUUCAUCUUUGAGAGUGACAAAAUGGUAG